CUUUACACAACUUUUGUUGAUAGCAUCACUAUUGAGUGACUAUCAGACCCCUGAAGUGUUGAAGAAAAUGUUUCUCAUGUUUGUUUAUCUCAGUUUGUGCUUCUGCGGUCUAGCUGGUGUGUUUGGUGAUGAAGUGAAGUCAGUGUCAGUGAUGGAGGGAGAUUCUGUUACUCUACACACUCAUAUUAAACUACAGAGAGAUGAUCUGGUAGUUUGGAGGUUUGGACCUGAAAAUUCUCUCAUAGCAAGAAUCAAUGAAGUGGCCAAAGAUAUCUCAGUAUAUGCUGAUGUUCUUGCUGGGAGAUUCAGAGACAGACUGCAGGUGGAUAAUCAGAAUGGAGAUCUCAUCAUCACAAACAUCACAACUCAACACACUGGACUUUAUAAUAUGAUCAUCAGCGGCAAGCAGCUCUCAUACAGAUUCAGUGUUACUGUCUAUGGUGUGUUUGGUGUUGAAGUGAAGUCAGUGUCAGUGAUGGAUGGAGAUUCUGUUACUUUAUACACUGAUAUUACUGAAAUACAGAGUAAAGAUCUGAUACUGUGGAUGUUUGGACCUGAAAAUUCUCUCAUAGCAAAAAUCAAUGGAGUGGCCAAAGAUAUCUCAAUAUCGGAUGAUGUUCUUGAUAGGAGAUUCAGAGACAGACUGCAGGUGAAUGAUCAGACUGGAGAUCUCACCAUCACGGACAUCACAACUCAACACAAUGGACUUUAUCAUAUGAUUAUCGGGGGCAAACAGAAGAUCUCACACAGAUUUAACGUUACUGUUUAUGGUGUGUUUGGUGAUAAAGUGAAGUCAGUAUCAGUGAUGGAGGGAUAUUCUGUUACUCUACAAAGUAAUACACAGGAAAAUCCCCAGUGUUAA